AUGGCCCUUAUGAAAACAAAAGACGUGACGAUUCACAGCCAGGGCAUGGAUGAUGCAUUACUUGCUGCGAGGCAAAAGUUGAAAGAGUACUAUGAAAAGACCUAUCGUGAUCAUGGGUUCCUUUAUGGCAUAGGGACCUUGCUCGCUCCGCAGUAUAAACUCUGCGCCUUUGACGACACGGAAUGCUCUAAAUGCCAGAGCGAAACAUCAAAACGCUACUGUGAUUACCUGAGGAACUGUUUUGCACAAUACCAACGCGAAGCGCCUGAGAUCUCAUUUCGUGCAAUGCGUUCCUCUUGUCCACAGCAAGCAUCAGAGUUAGACCGGCUACUCAUCCCACUCAGUACUUCCCAGUCGAGUGCCAGAUGCGAGCCCGACGAAGUAGAUCGAUAUUUGAGAGAGGGAAUCGUCCAGCUCCCGCCGCGAGCCUAUUGGAAAGAGCAUGAGCAUGAAUACCCUGUGUUGUCGCGACUUGCUCGCGACUUGCUUUCCGUCCCAGCCACGGGCGCUGGUGUCGAGCGUCUGUUCAACAGUGCGCGAGAUAUCUGCCACUAUCGUUGUGGGUCGCUUAAUGAAUCGACCAUUCAAGACUUGAUCAUGUACAAGUGUUCAGAGACAUUCAGUUUGGAAACUGAGCGGUUGAGCUAUCUUGAGAAACCGUUGAUGGAGAGUAUUGAUCAAGAGACUCUCGAGGAAGAGGAAGCGAUCAAAACAAGUGAAGAAGACUUUGAUCCAAUUAGCGAUGACGAAGAGGAUGCAGUUGAGCAGAGCAGCACCAUGCUUGCUUCAAGGGAAGGAGCAACUCAGGAAUGCAUGAUGUCGCAUGUUUCUCCUAUGCAUGAUAGUGAUGAACACGAGGGCAAGGAAGAAGACGAAGAGAAUGAGGAGGACGCUGCUGAUGAUGGAUUGCUUCCACCAAUAAUCCAGCAGCUCGGCGACAGAUCUCAAAAGAGAUCCUCAGGGAGGGUAUUAGAGCCGGCCACAAAUAGAAUUGAGCAUGCAAUGAUUAUGAUCACUUCUAGUUUCCUGGGAGAUCGAAUAGUAGACUGA